AUAGUCAGAGGGAGUACUCAGCACUGGUGAGGCUGCACCUUGAGUACUGUGUUCAGUUUUUGGGUUGCUCACUACAAGAAAGACAUUCAGAGAAGGGCGAUGGUGCUAUGAAGGUUUUGGAGCACAAGUCUCAUGGGGAGCAGCUAAGGGAACUGGGAUUGUUCAGCCUGGAGGAGGCUCAGGGAAGACCUUAUUGCUCUGUGCAACUCCCUGAAAGGAGGUUAUGGUGAGGUAUGUUUCAGCUUCUUCACCCAGGUAACAGCAAUAGGAGAGCAGUAAUGGUCUCAAGGUGCACCAGGGGAAGUUCAGAUUGGGUAUUAGGAGAAAUUUCUCUGCAGAGUGGUGAGGCAGUGGCACAGGCUGCCCAGGGAGGUAGAGGAGUCACUGUCCCUGGAGGUGUUCAAGAACCGUGUGGAUGUGGCAAUGAGGGACGUGGUCAGUGGGCAUGGUGGUGAUGGGCUGAUGGUUGGACUGGGUGAUCUUAGUGGUCUUUUCCAAUCUUAAAGAUUCCAUGAUUCUGUUAAGGUCCAGUACCAUAGUCCUGACCCCUUGCUCUGAGUUUGAGUUACUAGCUGUGAAGCCCAUGCCCACCUCUUCAGUGUGAGCUCCUAUUUUACACUCACAAAACAAACUUGUGCAUUGUUCCUUUAGUCUUUGUCUUGGAUAUCACAGUAGAUAGCUAGGAAAUUAAUGCAGACCAUGUUUGCUGUGUUUGGGAGAUGAUACUUUCUCUAGGCUUUUAUCAAGUUGGUGUGGAAACGUGUUGCCUUUUUUCUGUAAUUGUAUCACCAGUUAAUGGAACUGUCCCUGCAUCCAGUCUGGACAUGGUUCACAUUUUACUCAACUGUUGGAAGUGCAUUUUAGUGGGAAGAAGUAAAGAGAUGCUGAAAGCAUGUGGGUUUUUGGGAAGUAAUUGCUUAGUAAAUAAGCCUGUUAGUAUCUGUAUACUUUCUGUUUCCUUUUAACUUCGCAAUGCUGAAGCAUACAUUUUGCUGACUAUAUCUCUGAAAAUGCAGCUUCUCAGAAGAAUUACCUUGUCUUUCUAAAAAUACAUAUAAAUGGGUGACACAAAAAAACACAGUAAUUGGCAAAUUCCAGGACUGUGAGGGCUGGAAAAGCACCUGUCCUUGCAGGCAGAGGGAAUGGUGCAAAGCUGUGUGGUCUCCGUAGAACAGACUGAUGGUGGUGGGAAUAAGAUUUGAAAAAUGUGAAGUCUUGGAACGUGUAUUCUUCAGCCAUGGUUUAGGUGUCUUAAAAAAAAAAAAAAAAAAAAAAAAAAAAACAAGUCUGGAAAAUUGGCUUGGGAACCUGUUCCCUCUCCAAACCCCUAUGUGAAGGUUUGACUUUUAUGACAGGGACACAAGUUUAACUCAAAGCAGGGUUCUGCCUGCCUUGUUUAGUGCAUUUGAUGCGCUUCCAAAAUGACCUGAUUUCUGUUUCUAUCUCUGGAAGUCCUUGCAGGUUACCAUUUAUUUAUUUAAAGCAUUGUUGAAAUGCACCUGCAUCUGUCAGCUGCUUUCAGAGAAAACAUUGCAGGUCUUCUUGCUGCUGCUUAAGCAGGACCUGGAUACCAGUGUUUCCUCUGAAAGGACUUCUGGACACAAGCUACUCCCUUCCUUUUAGGUUGUAGGGAAGUGCCAGAAGUGAGGCAUGCCCCAAAGCAUCAAGUAACAGCUAUGCUCAUUUUAACCAGUACGGAGUUGUUAAAAUAUGAAUCAAGCUUAAAUGUGGUGACUCAGAUAAUAUUAAAUGUAGUGUGAAUUGCAUUCUAAUGCACUGCAUUGGUAAACACAAGUAGCACUACACUGAGAUGUGAAUGGCCAAGAGUAUCUAUAUGGUAUAGUGGAAGAGAAAUGAAUGCUUUUUUUUGUUUGUUUUUUUGUUUGUUUGGUUGGUUGUUUUUUAAGUUUGCUGUGGUAUUUGAUAGAGAAGGAUUCCUCAGAAGGGGAGUUAUAACAAAUCAGUUUUCCUCAGUGUAGCAUAUUAACUUGCAGACUGCUGAUAGAUCUAUGCAGGAUGAUGAAUAAUAAUAGCAGGCUCAAUCAUGGUGUGGGGUAGUGAUACAGCAGUGACUGCUGCAGUCAUGUAGCGUGAAUGGAGGCUGCAUGUUAGUUGUGUUAUAGAGAGAUAGUAAGGCAUCAGAUCAAAUCCAUAAUUUGUCCAAGGUAGAAGUGGCUGAUGUAUAUUUCAUAUACGUAAAUUCGUAAAUAUUUAAUAUCAUAUACAAGAGCUUCUCCGGAAGUAAUGCCUCCUAUUCUUUGAUGCUGGACCACAAAGGCAGAGGUGAAUGUUGGUGUUGGCCCCUCCAGAGCCUCUAUGUCUUUUUGUAGUGAGAGACCCAAAAACUGAAUGCGGUACUUGACGUGCAGCCUCACCAGUGAUGAGUACAAGGGGAUGAUCACCUCCUGCUCCCAGUGACUAUUCCCUGCCACUUUUGAAGGAUACUAGAAACACAUAGAAAGAAAUCAACAGUUGGAGAUGUGACAGUUGAGGUUGAUUCUGUAUUCAGUUUCAUGUUGUUGCCAUGUGACAGAUGGCAGCAGAGGGGCAGUCUGACAGAAUGGCAUCUGAUGUGGAAGUUCAUAUGAAGCAAAGAUGUGCCAUUGAACUUCUUCAUAUGGAAGAAAUGGCACCUAUUUGUUGAUGCUUGUUGAGUGCUUAUGGAGACCAACCAGUGGCUGUGAGCACAGCAAGGUGGUGGGUGCUACAUUUCAGCUGUGGCAACAGUGACAGUGGGUCACCUCCACUGGAGCAAAUUUUUAUGAGCAUGGCAUGUAGACUCUUGUUCAUUGCUGGAGACAAAGCAUAACAAAUGGUCGUGACUGUGUUGAGAAAGAGCGUUUUGUAGCUGAGAGUUUUUUUCUAUCAAAUAGUGUUGUUGCAGUCUAUGUAUCUGUUGUAGUUUCUGUGGAAAUAAAUAGGAAGCAUUACUUUCAGAGUGACCUAUGUGUUCAUGAAAUAUACUUUUUAUUAUAUAAAUAUUUCUAUUUAUAUAUAAACGUAUGUAUUUACAUUCUUAUAUAUAUGAAACAUACUUAUACAUAGCAUAAAUAAUACAAAUAUAUUUAAAUUAUGUACUGUAAUACUAUAAAACAUGUGCUCUCUCUUUUUCUCUAUACAUGGAUAUAUAUAGUAGUAGAUUAGAUUUCACAGGGCCCAUGUCCACAUUCUUUCUAAAGGAGAAAGCAGAGCAAACAAAAAUUCCUUCCGUGCUGCUGUUUGAACAGUGACCGAGGAGCCCUGCCCUGGGGACAUGGGGCACCAGCAGCAGGCAGCCUGAGCCCCCUGAGGGUUUUCCUCCAGAAACGUAAACAAGUAUUGUAGAGAAACCCUAAAACAUUCUCAUUUUUUUCCCCUACUGUUUAUAGAAAACAAAAAGCUCCAAAUCAAACACAUGGUCUGAAAACUUUUUAUUCACUUUAAAGGCAAUGGUGUGAUGUAAUUGUUACCUAAGAGAGGGAGGAGAGCAGAGGUGAGUGCUCCAACCUACCCAGAAGUAAGCAAGUAGAGUUAAAUAAUGGGUCCAGCUGGGCUGUGGGGCAGAAUUUGGGGGCAAGGAAAAGAGAUGGAACUGAGGAAUAAGGAUGAGAAGGUGAGAAACCAUUACCACCUACCUUAUUGUAACCUGUCAGGUAUGGACUAGAUUUCAUUUCUGUAUGCCAGUGUACAUCCACUGAGUCCAUUGGAUGGGUUCAAAAGGUGGGAAAUAAUGUCUCCGAACUGGGGCUACAACUAGAGGAGGAAAUUUAGAUUAAAAAAUUUGUCCUUCCUAAUACUAAAUAACAUGUAUAGAGGGCAGUAAAGCAAGAUUUGAUCAAGGAAAAGAUAGAGCCAGGGAGUGGCAACGAAGAAUGGUUUGCUUUAUUUAAAGUAGAAAUGCUAGAGGAAAAUGUAGAAGUAGAGUAGAGGGGGAAAAAUCUUGGUGUUCUUCAAUUUCCAAGUUAGUUACAAGAAGCUGAGUGUGACUUAAAUUGAGUACGCUGUAUUACUGCCUCUUAUGGAAAUCAAAACCUGAAGAUUUUUUUUUCCUUAACCUUAAAAAAAGUUGUGUUUAAAGUAGUGGUUGCCUUUAGAGUUCUGUUUUACAGUAAGUGCUGGUUCUUGGGUAUGUAUCCCAAAAGGGAUCUGCUGUCAGCACUGUGGUAGCGCAACGUGGAAGCAUUGUGCUUGCUUUUAUUCCUAAUGGCCAAUAAACGAGUUUCGUCAAGCUCCUUGAAAUACUCCUUGUAAACUCAAGUGUCCAGAUCAAUCUCUCAUUCACAUCUUAUUAAAGUUCAGUGAGGAAGUCGGGCAAACAGGGUUUUGAUCAAAGCACUGUGUGCUGGUGACGUACCCCAUUAGUCUUUAAGCUUCUUCAUAUAAUUCCUCAAGAGAACUCCAGUGGAUUUUCUCCUCUAAAGAAAGCUUUCCCCCACCCAAACUGGUUCCAGCAAUGAGGUGGGAGCAUGUGGGUCCCCAGAGGGAUGCAAGAAUAGGAUGCAACGUAUGGGCUGUGGCCCUGCUUCUCUUGUGCCUAUCUGGCUUGUGGUUUUCUAGUGAAAUGCUAGCAUUGUUUAGUCCCUGUGAUAAAUGGCUAUGUGCAUCCAAAAUUACUUGUCUAUACUGUUCUGUUCUGUAUGUUAAUGCCUGCGUUCUCAUUGUGCAGUCAGUUCAUGUUACGUAUCACAGCUUUAAAUGCUUCAGUGAUGUGCUUAAUCAAAACAUGUUGGUUUUGCCCCUAAAGAAACAAUUGCAGGGUCCUAGCUCCAAGAAGGCAGGAAUUUCUUGUUGGUUCUGUUGGUGGAUGGCUGGAUGCUGGCUUUCAGCAAGUAAUUCUUUAGAAGUAGUUAAGCUGCUAUCAUACAGCAGUCCAUUUUUCUUAAACCUAUUUUAAACUUUUAUACAGUCUCUUUUCAGAUCUCUCCUCUAUCAAGUUUCUGCUUGUGCAUCUCGAUGAGUAGAAGACCUCAGAACAGUAUUUACAGCAUCUGCUUCUGUGCUUUAUACGUGUAACUGUAACAAGAUGCCCAACCAUGUGCUGCAUUAUAACUUUAUUCAAGGAGAGGAGUUUAUCUGCUCUGCUUACCCAUGGCAGGCAGAUGCCUUGAGCAUUGCUGCAAAUCAGCAGCUUUGUUUUGGAGGCACUGUUGAAUAUGUUGUUUUUGUUGUGCAAUUUGAAUAAAAGCUGUGUUUUGCUGUGGGGAAAAUGAAGCCCACAAGAAAUAGCCAUCACAACACAGAACCUCCCUGCAGCCAGUGUGACCAUCACCUAGGUGUAAGGUUGUGCUUCAGGAGCUAGGGAUAGAAGUGCUGGAGGUGACUGAGAAAGCUGAUAAGAGAUGUUAAUCAGUAUCAUCAGCAAUUUUAGCCCAAAGCAGGGUGGGGAAGGAAGUCCUCAGCAAUGAUAAUGGGAAAUUGUUAGCUGUUCUUUGCCCUCCUGAGGCCCCAGCUGGAGCAGUGCAUCCAGUCCUGGGGCCCCCAGCACAAGAAGGAUGUGGAGCUGUUGAAGCGUGUCCAAAAGAGCACCAGGGCCAUGAAGAUCAUCAAAGGGAUGGAGCACCUCUUCCAUGAAGAAAGGCUGAGGGAGCUGCAUUUGUUCAGCUUGCACAGGAGAAGGCUUCAAGGAGUCCUCAUUGCAGCUUUCCAUUACAUGAAGGGAACUUUUAAACAAGAGAGAGUCCAGCUUCUUAUAUGGUCUGAGAAUGAUAGGACAAGGGGAAUGGCUUUCAACUAGAAGAGGGGAGAUUUAGGUUAGAUAUUAGGUACAAAUUAUUUACUCAGAGGGUGGUAAGGUGUGAGCUGCUGGGUGGCAGCCCUGCCCAUGGAGGUGGGAGAGACUGGAUGGGUCCCUUCCAACCCAACCCAUUCUUUGACUCUUAAAGCAGUUUUCUUGUGAUUUACAUGAAAGGUAGCAGUGUCAGUUGGGAUCCUAGUAGAGUGUCCUCCCUCCUGGCAGAGGAGUCCAGCACGAAUGACACUAAUUGUCACCUUUGCUGGCAGCGAGGCUGAGAGGAGGAGCUGCCUCUGUCACCAGCAGUGAGCUCCCCUGUGAUGAGCUGGCUGUGACUCUGCCCCCACCACACUGCCAUCAGGGUGUCCUGCUGGGCUGGAAGCAGGAUGUAAGCUAAAAGCAGUGGGCUCCUGCACCAAUUUAAGUGGAAAAGCAAGACUAAUGACCAAAUUUGUUGUCUUCAUGGUUUUUACUUGCCCUGAAAAAUAGCGAUUUGCUUCUCUAUCCUCCUGGCUUUACCAUCUCCUCAAUAUAACUUAUCUGACUUUUACUGAUGGCUUCUUGUGCCUGAUCAUUUCUUAAUGAAGCAGGGGGGCUAUACUUUAUUCUGUCCUGCACAAGCUUCUUUUUGUCACUCAUUCUUGUUUUCCUUCCACUCUGUUUCCACUCCAGGCAAAAAUUAUUUCCAGCUGAGAAGGGUUGGAUGCGUGUCAUUCCACCGCAGUUGUAAAAGGCCCCACAGUUUUGCUUGCAAACAUCAGAACUCAUUUUGCCUGUGUGCACAUCCUGUAUUCUCACCUUGAGUGUACGUGAGGGAGGUCAUUCAGGGCUGGACCCUGGGGCUGUCUGUUCCAGUGCUCCCAUCCCUAGGCCAGUGACCAGGAGCAGGUGUCUGCGGAGACUAGGAAAUGGGCAGGGAGGGCAUGCUUGUGGUGGUCUCAGGUGCUUCUCAUGUGGGUGUUAUAAAAACACCAAUUUCCCUCUGAGGUAUAAAUGACAUUCAUAAUGAAAAGAUCAGAUAUUAACACAAUAGCGUUCAGUCUGUGGGAUGAACGGACCCCUUUGCAUUUUCUUCUCAAUCUGUUUUGAUGGGAAUGUUGAUUGCAGACAAGGUAAACUUGUUUGUGCUUUGUUCAUUAAUAACAAACCAUAAACUGGCCUGCCUCCCCUCCCCACAGGCAAGGCACUUGAAGAGAUGCCAGACAAUUAAACUACUUAAGGCAGUAAUUACAGUCAAAUAUACAACAAAAAUAAAAUCACUGCACAGGGUUUUUUUAUUUUUUUUUUAUGCUUGGUUUUGUUCUCUCUAUUUAUUAAACCACAACUCUUGCCUCGCGACUGAACAGGAAUCUCUCAGUCGGUGGUACCAAAGGACCGAAGUUCAGAGAAGCUGUGGUGCCCCAUCCCUGGAGGCACUCAAGGCCAGGUUGGAUGGGUCUAUGGGCUGCUGAGCUGCUGGAUGGCAACCCUGCCCACAGCACGGGGCAGAACUGGGUGGGCUUUGAGGUCCCUCCCAACCCAAACCAUUCUGUGAAGGUUCGUGAAGUGCACAACAAGCUUACCUGGGUUCAGCUUGGCAUUUAGCAACCUCAUUGAUGGUCUUACAACACAUUCUUCACAGCACUGAAAUUCUGCUUGUUUGAGGCAUUUGUUCAGUUUAUAGGGCUGGCACCUGCCUGACUCUUAGUAAGAGUGUGAUACCAAUGGUCUCCUGAAACUUUUCCUUUCUGACUUUCCUAAUUCCUCUUGUACAUGGCAGAGCGUUCCUCAGUCUGCUGUGAUGCUGAGGAAGGGAAGGUUGAAUGAGGCUGAAUCACUUAAUCCUGACUUAGCUUCAAAUAUUUACCUGUACCUGGUGCAUUUUAAAAUUCCAAAAUAAGCGUCCACAUGCCUGACUUGCUGUGAGCCUGUUUAAUGAGUUGGAGUCCUGCAGCACUGUGUGCACCAGUUCAACAUAUUUAAGUGAAAUUCUUAGUGACUUCAGUAUUCCAGAUAAAGUACACUUUAAAAAGAAAGAAACGGAGCUGUAAUGAGAUCCAGCUGGUGUACAUAAACCUUUCACAUUGCAUUACAUAAUUAAGUUGGGAAGUAAUGUAUGGGGGAAAGUUCUUGUUGCUUAUUCUUUUGUACUGAAGUUUUACAAGGCUGUAUAAAUACUGUAAGUAUUUAAUGGGGGAAAAGCAGGAUUAAAAGCAAACGGCAGAAGAUGGAUUGUACGACAACGUCAUAAAACAAGCGAGCAGUAUUACCCUUGUGGUAUUUGGUAUUAAAUAACUGAAACUUGGCAGUGUGCUGUGCAUUGACAUUGCUCUCAUAAGAUCGUUUUCUAAUUGAUCGCUUUGGUUAACAUGAUUGCUUUAAAGGUAAAUUGGUUUAUGCUGAACAAUACCAGAGCGCAAAUUCCCUCUGGUUUUGGCCAGCCUUUUUUAUUCAGUGAAAUCUACACCGCUGCGGCAUUCAAAGCAGGGUAUGAGCUCCUGGGCUCCUUACCAUAACUUAACAACCUGUUCUGCUUUUAACAAACUGUAAUUACAGAAACAUAAACUACAUCUUCAUUUAUUUCGACUGUAGAGCAUGGGAGAGGAAUGUGGGAAGGAAUUCUUUGUACCGCUGUGAAUUUAGUUGCCUACCUUGCAGUUGUUUCAUAAACAUCCUCGAAAGCUUCUGAAAAUACUGAAUGUGGAAUGUGCCAAAAAUGGUUAAAACUCCAGACUCUGUCCUCUGGCAGGCAAGCCCUGGCAAAUCUUAGCUUGAUGCUGCUGCCCUCGGCUGCCCUCCUUUGCAGAAGGCUUUUGCUCCCUUGCAGAGUCAGCAGAACGUACCUGGGCUUCAGCAGCUGCACCAAGCCCUGGUCAGCGGAUUUUAUGGGGCUGCCCUUGUCGCUGGGGAUGGGCACUGGGCUGCCCAGCUGGUGACGGGGCAUGCAUGAGGCACGGGCACGUGGUCAGCUCUGCAGGCACUGCCCCAGGGCAGUGACCCCAGGGAGAGGAGCGGUGAGAAGGAGCCGUCCCAAAUUGCACAGCUGUUUGCUGAGUGAUGGACAGUCGGCCCAAUAUGUCAAGACCUCUGAUCACUAGAUCCCCUGCAUCUCCAUUGAACAAUCAAGGCAUCCCCACUCCAGCACAACUCACAAAAUCCAACGCACCAGUUCACAUUGAUGUGGGUGGGCACAUGUAUACCAGCAGCUUGGCCACGCUUACAAAAUAUCCUGAUUCCAGAAUCGGCAGACUCUUUGAUGGCACGGAGCCCAUCGUCCUCGACAGCCUCAAGCAGCAUUAUUUCAUCGACAGAGAUGGGCAAAUGUUCAGAUAUAUCUUGAAUUUUUUAAGAACAUCGAAACUCCUCAUUCCUGAUGAUUUCAAGGACUACAGUUUGUUAUACGAAGAAGCAAAGUAUUUCCAGCUUCAGCCCAUGCUAGGAGAGAUGGAAAGGUGGAAACAAGACCGGGAGAGUGGCCGCUUCUCAAAAUCUUGUGAAUGCCUGGUGGUGCGUGUUGCCCCAGAUCUCGGUGAGAGGAUUACACUGAGUGGCGAUAAGUCAUUGAUAGAAGAAGUGUUUCCAGAGAUUGGUGAUGUGAUGUGUAAUUCUGUCAAUGCCGGCUGGAAUCAUGACUCAACGCAUGUCAUCAGAUUUCCUCUGAACGGAUACUGCCACCUCAACUCAGUUCAGGUCCUUGAGAGGUUACAGCAAAGAGGAUUUGAGAUUGUUGGCUCGUGUGGAGGUGGAGUGGACUCUUCCCAAUUCAGUGAAUACGUACUGAGACGAGAACUCAGAAGGACAUCUCGUGCACCCUCCGUCAUUCGAAUAAAGCAAGAGCCUCUGGACUAAAAUGGACAUGUUUCUUUAUGCAAAAAAAAAAAAAAAAAAAAAAAAAAGAGGAAAACAAAAAGAGAGGAAAAAAGGG